CGGAACAACGUUUCAUAAUAUGUUUAAGAGUCCUCAACACAGUGGCUCUGCUUAUUACAACUAUAAAAAAUCCUUCAGUAUUGUAUUACUAGCAAUCUGUGAUGCGAACUAUGUUUUCACAUAUGUUGACAUUGGUGCCUAUGGUAGACAGAGCGACGGUGGUGUUUUUAAAAAUUCGUUAAUGGGACAAAAAUUUGCACAGGGACAAAUGAAUGUUCCACCUGCCGAAGAAAUUUAUGAAGGAAGUUCCAAGUACCCUUAUGUAUUAGUUGCAGACGAAGCAUUUCCACUGAGUCCAUACUUGAUGCGUCCUUUUUCUGGAAGAGAUCGUUUGUCAACAGAACAGAAGAUUUUCAAUUACCGACUCAGUCGAGCAAGAAGAACAAUAGAAAAUGUUUUUGGGAUUCUUGCUGCUCAAUGGCGAAUAUAUAGAAAACCUAUCAUAGGAAAAGUUGAGACUAUUGAAAACAUAGUGAAAGCAACAAUAACUUUACACAAUUGGCUACGCAAAAAAGAUAUAUCAAAUAGAGAGCAGUCAUUUAUAUCUGCUGGUAUGAUUGACGAAGAAGCAAAUGAUGGCUCCAUUAUUGAAGGCAACUGGAGAAAAAUUGUGCAACUAGACAACAGUGUCCUGCAACCAUUAUCUUCUUGCUCAACACACACAUACACAAGAACGUCUGCUGAAAUCCGACAAAAAUUUAUGAAUUAUUUUAAUGAAGAAGGCGCUAUUCCAUGGCAGUUUGUACAAGUUUUUAAAUAA